AUGUCGAUGUCUAAGAGUUCGAAGAUGCUUCAAUACAUUAACUACCGGAUGCGCGUCACAAUCCAGGAUGGCCGGCAACUCAUCGGAAAAUUCAUGGCGUUCGACCGCCACAUGAAUCUAGUACUCGGUGAUUGCGAGGAGUUUCGUAAACUUCCUCCGACUAAAGGCUCCAAGGAAGACCGGGAAGACCGCCGUACACUUGGCCUCGUACUCCUCCGUGGCGAGGAGGUGAUUUCAAUUACCGUUGAGGGUCCGCCUCCGCCGGAUGAGUCCCGUGUUAAAGCUACUGGUGCUAAUGCUGUUCCGGGACCCGGAAUUGGCAGGGCAGCUGGCCGAGGUGUUCCUACGGGGCCGCUUGUCCAGGCCCAGCCGGGACUUGCUGGACCUGUGAGGGGUGUUGGUGGACCGGCUCCAGGGAUGAUGCAGCCCCAGAUUUCACGCCCCCCAAUUUCUUAUCCUCAGCAGCCGCCUCAGGUUCAGGCACCGGUUAUGAGGCCUCCAGUAGCGCCACCUCCUGGAGGUUUCCCGCCUAGGCCUGGGAUGCCUGGUAUGCCGCCUCCGCCGCAGUUCAGGCCAGGAGGUCCUCCGCAAUUUGCUCCACAGCAGUUUGGACAGAGGCCGAUGGGCCCACCCCCACCGCAGAUGAUGAGAGGCCCUCCACCUCCUGGAAUGCCGCCCAGACCUGGAAUGCCUGGCCUGGGAUGCCGCCACCGCCUAAUGCUACUCAACAGAAUCAGCAGCAAUAGUGAUUGCAAUUAUUUUUGGGAUUACUACAGUUUGGUGGAUUGGGUCCUUGAAGAUUAUCAAAUGAAGAAAUGUUCCCGGUGCAUAUGA